ACUGAUGUGCAGAUCAUAAAGAAUGCAGAUCUUGAAGAUCUACAGGAAUUAGGAUCUGGUACCUUUGGAACUGUUUAUCAUGGAAAGUGGAGGGGAACAGAUGUUGCCAUCAAGAGAAUCAAAAAGAGCUAUUUCUCUGGGAGAUCAUCGGAACAAGAGCAUUUGGUAGAUUCCUAUAACCCACUGGGUAACCUGCCUGAAGGAAAAAAAGCACUCGAUCAACGUAAAAAGCUCAUACUUGCAAUGGAUGCAGCUUUUGGCAUGGAAUACUUGCAUCUGAAAAAUAUCGUUCAUUUUGAUUUGAAAUGUGACAAUUUGCUUGUUAAUUUAGGCGAUCCCCACCGGCCCAUAUGCAAGGUUGGAGAUUUUGGAUUAUCAAGAAUUAAACGGAAUACAUUUGUGUCCGGAGGUGUGCGAGGCACACUUCCAUGGAUGGCACCAGAGCUAUUGAAUGGUAGCAGAAGUCGAGUGUCUGAAAAGGUUGACGUAUUCUCAUUUGGCAUCACAAUUUGGGAGAUGUUGACUGGGGAGGAGCCCUAUGCUGACAUGCAUUGUGGAGCUAUUAUA